AUGAAGGUUGCUAUCGUAGGCGGAUCAGGGGAGACGGGCACCUCCAUCAUCAACGCUCUUUUUGAGUCUGACAUCCUAGACUUGGAAAUCAUCGCCCUUACCCGACCCGCUUCCGUCAAGAAACCCAACGUUGUCGCCCUCGAGAAGAGGGGAGUUGCUAUCGCCAGUGUUGAUCUGGAGGGUCCACAAGCCGAGCUUGUCAACGUCCUCAAGGACGUCGACGUCCUGAUCUCGACUGUCCACGUCAGCGGACUGGGAAGCCAGAUCCCCCUCGCCAAUGCCGCCAAGGCCGCCGGCGUGAAGCGAUUUGUUCCCUGCUUCUUCGCCACCGUCGCGCCUCCCAAGGGCGUGUUAACACUGCGCAAGCUGAAAGAAGAGGCUCUUCUCCACGCAAAGAAAAUUUCCCUCCCCUACACAGUCAUUGACGUCGGCUGGUGGUACCAACUCAGCAUCCCACGCCUCCCCUCUGGGCGUAUCGACUCUGCUACGCCCUUGCCGGUCAACUUCAUCGCCGGAGAUGGCCACACUCCCACUGCGCUAACGGACGUGAGAGACGUUGGAAAGUUCACUGCGCGCAUCAUCGCCGAUCCUCGUACCAUCAACAAAAUGGUCCUCGUCUAUGGCGCCGUUCUCUCCCAGAAUCAGGUUUUCAACAUGCUGGACAAGAUGAGUGGCGAAACUACCAAGCGGGACUACAUGUCUGCUGAGGCUAUGGAGGCCGCCCUCACCGAAUCUUUGACAGCAGGCGCCCUUAUGGAAAAUGCAUUUGAUCACAGGAUGAAGAUCUUCUAUGAGUACUGGUACUCGAUGAGCGUGCGCGGAGAUAACACGCCGCAAUAUGCCGAGUUCCUCGGGUAUAUUGAUGGCACUAAGCUGUACUCAGAUUUUAAGCCUACUACCUUCGAGGCCUUCCUGAAGGAAGUUCUUGACGGGAAGUCGGUGACGAUCUAUGAAAGUCUCAAGCAUGACUUAGAAAAGGAGGCCAAGAAGCUCUAG